CGGGGAUAUGCCCGAGCUGGAAUGGUGCACGAGUCAUAUACAUAAAAUAAAUAGCCAGACAUGGCUCACUUGCAAAGACAGCUUAACAGUGUACGUGAAUCUUUUUAGCCGGUAGAGAUUAUAUCCAAUAGUUGACGGGUUAUAAAAUGUCUCCUUAUUUCGGUCUUCGGGGUAUGCCCCUUGUGAUGGGUAUUACAGCGGCCUGUUCUACUGGGUUUUUAUUAUUUGGCUACGACAAUGGCGUUUUCUCUGGCCUCACAACCGAUACCCUAUUCCUCGAAACCAUGGGCAACCCUGGCGCAACUCUACUCGGAUUUAUAGUGGCCGUGUAUGAACUGGGCUGCCUGGUUGGAGCACUUGCAUCGGCGGUAUGGGGAGAAAGCAUGGGCCGACGGCAAUUAAUUGCCUGGGGUGCAUUUUUCCUGAUCAUCGGCACCGUGAUCCAGGCUUCGUCUUACGGCCGCGCACAGAUGAUUGUAGGCAGAAUAGUCACUGGGUUUGGAAUGGGUGGUAUUACAUCUGCCGUGCCAGUGUGGCAGUGUGAAAGCACCCCGGCACAUUUGCGCGGACGCACUAUUGCCAUGGAGUUGUCGGCGCUUAUUGUUGGCAUUGUCAUUGCAUAUUGGAUUGAUUAUGGGUGUAGUCUAUAUUCAAGCAGUUUCCAGUGGCGGUUCCCCAUUGCGUUUCAGAUUAUUUUUGCGAUCUUGUUGAUCGUGAUGUGUUUCUGUCUUCCGGAAAGCCCUCGAUGGCUCGCCAGCCACGGCCGAGACCAAGAAGCACUUGAGGUCGUGUGUCUUUUGCGCGACGGCACUCCCUCCGACGAGAAUAUCCAGGUCGAAUUCACCGAGAUCAAAGACGCGAUUGCUUUGGAGCAGGAGGAAACUGGCAGCUGGAAAGACUGCUUCAAAGAUGGCGGCGUCAUGGGGUGGCAGCGUGUUGCUAUUGCGUGUUCCGCUCAAGCUCUUCAAGAGUUCACUGGUACCAAUAUCAUCACUUACUAUGCGCCUUAUGUGAUGGUUCAUAGUGUCGGGCUGAGCUCGCAUCAGUCGCUUUUGUUGUCUGGCGGGCUGCAGCUUUGGUUCCUUGUUGCUUCUAUUGUUCCCUGGUUUCUUAUUGACAAGAUCGGACGUCGGAAGUUGUUCAUUAUUGGAAGUCUUGGUAUGGGCUCAUGCAUGUUGAUGUCCGGCUUGACUAUCAUGGCUGGGGGCAAGAAGAACGGAAUCGCUGCAGUAGUGAUGUUGUACAUGUUCCAGGCAUUCUUCACCUGGGGCUGGAUGUCCAAUAUGUGGGCGUACCCCAGUGAAAUCCUACCCAUUCGAACCCGACAAUCCGGCUCCGCACUAUCCGUGGUAUGGCAAUGGCUGAUUACAUUCCUGGUCGUCGAGAUUACUCCUGUGGGCAUCCAGAACAUAGGCUGGAAGCUCUAUAUAGUGUUUUGCGUCCUCAACUGGGCAACUAUCAUUAUCGUCUGGUUCUGGUACCCCGAAACUGCUGGCAGGACACUUGAGCAGAUUGAUUUCUUGUUCGCGAGUCAGUCGAGUUUGAGACAGGUGGUCAAGUUGAGUAUGCGCAAGGAUCUGGAUGAGAUGGGUGUUAUACGCGAAACACAGGCGCAGGCUCAUCAGCAAAAGAGUGGUGCGAAACAGGUCGAGGAUAUUGAUACGACGGCUGGAACAGUGGAGUAGUGAAUGUAUCUGCGAGAUCGCUAGAAUGUGAUGUUUACAGUUUAGAUAAAU